AUGAACUUCAUGCUCCUAGAUGGAGAUAUGAAGACAGUAGCAGCGGGUGAUUUACAAAUCAACAGAGCGCCAACGGAAGAAUGUGACAUACAACGAGACUUGCUUAGAAGUAAUAGAAGCAGCCGCCACAGUGUCAGCAAGAGGGCGCCUAAGAUCAUAAUACUCAGAGAUGUUGAUCACAGAGAUAUAGAGUGGACAAUUAUUGAAGUCAUCCUCGAGACUUUAGCAAUAUCAAACGAGCAGUUCCUUGAGGGGGGGAAGAACAAGGUGAUCAUCAAGAAGCUGCCUGCCAACGGUGCCAGCGAGAAACUACUGUCCGUCGGGAGCGACAAGGUCACCCCAGACCAGCGGGUGACGGUCGACGGGUCGCGCCUCACCAUCACCAACACCCGCCCGCGGGACGCCGGCGCCUUCCUCUGCCAGAUCGACCUGGAGCCCCCGCUGCAGCUUCGCCACACCCUCGAUGUCCAGUACGCCCCGACCAUCAGGGCGCUGGUGCCCCCCGAGCAGCGGGUGGCUCGGGGCAAGAGUGUGACCCUGGAGUGUUCCACCAGGGGCAACCCUGAACCGACCAUACGCUGGACCCGCCAGGAAGGUCCUCUUCCCUCGGGUCAGCGAACUCAUCAGGGUCCGAGGCUGACGGUGGAGGCGGUGGAGAGACACAUGGAGGGGACCUACCUCUGCACUGCUGACAACGGUAUUGGCGAGCCCGCCUCGGCCGCUGUCUCCCUCACCGUCGAGUACCCGCCAGAGGUCUCCACAGAGCGGGCUGUGGUUCGAACUGGCGAUGGUGACAAGGUCGAACUGGUGUGUGUGGUGCACGGUCUCCCGCCCCCAGACGUGGCUUGGACCAGAGACGGCCACCCACUCCCCGAUAACCUGAUGGACACCAAGCUCCACCUCCCGCACCAGCAGCAGCAGCAGCAGCAGGAGCACCACCAGACGCGGCAGCAUCACCAGCUGCUGCCCUCGGGGCACUCCGCCGCCGCCUACUACGACCCCCACGUCAGCCAAAGCCACUUCCCUCAUCGUCACACACUUACCAUCGCCCACGUCACGGAGAAGGACUUCGGCGCCUACGUCUGUAUAGCCGAGAACAUCCAUGGCCAGAUGAACGGUGUUAUACAGAUGACAGGUCUGCCCAAGCCUCCCCAGGUGACCAGCAGCCCCAUAGGGGGGGAGAGUCACAGGUACACCCUCACCUGGGAGACUGAGAGUUACUAUCCCAUCACAGAGUUCCUCAUUAAGUACCGCAAGACUCACCUGGGAGCCUGGCAUAUGAACCGGACGCUGAUGAUGGCUGGGUCGUGGCUGAAGGUGUCACAGACGGUGGGGGAGGCGGAGGUGAGGCAGCAGGGGUCACGCCUGCUCCUGGCCUGCCACCUCCAGGGCCUGGAGGUGGCCUCCGACUACGUGGCCGUCGUGAGAGUCAGGAACAAGUAUGGUUGGUCCGCCGAGUCUGACAGCUUCUCCUUCUCCACCAGGAAAGCGCUGAAGGUGCUACAGUCUACGAGCAGAGCGUCGCCACUGGCCACUGCGCUCUGCGUGUCUGUGCUGCUGGCAGCUCUCUGCCUCACUCUCAUGUAACACGCGUUCGCAUACACGAAUCCGACUGUACUGUCAUGAGUAGAACUGUCUGGCGAAACAUUUCCCCGGCUGUAUAUCGAACUCCGGACACUGUAAUAAUCACCAUGGCGGAAGUUGUUGAGUUUUGGGUAAACAAAGUGACUGAUGGAUCAUCAUUGGCUCUCUACCAUUGUCAAGUGCAGCAUGUAGCCUAGUAGUAGGCAUCCGUCAGUCUCAGGAGACUAUGGAAUUGCGCUCUGGUUGUCGGUCUGGAGUGGCCUCUCCAGAGCGCAAAGCCGGGGUAGGUUGAUACAGGGAGGAGAAGCUGUUACCCAAGCAGCAGGUUUUCCCCUCUCCACGGCGCCGAAAGUCUCCAAAGGAAAGGCAAACACCCUUCUCUAACAUCAAUCGAAAACGACACCGAUGUUUCGUGUGGCCGGAUAUGUCAAUUAUUUAUUUAGAUGAUGGUUGUAAUGGAGGAGAGGUGUGAAGAGGAAGCCAGGAGCCCAUUGGAGUGUACGAGGCUUCCUGGAGCACUGCCUCGGGCACGCUGGUGUGUGCGAGGCUUCCUGGAGCACAGCCUCGGGCACGCUGGUGUGUGCGAGGCUUCCUGGAGCACAGCCUCGGGCACGCUGGUGUCUCCGCCGGGGCUCUCCCACCACGGCCUUCACGCCUGCCUGCUUCUAAAUGCACCUGAAAGUAAUUGGCGGCGAAAAUAUUUUCCUCCUCGCAAGAGCCUUUCAAGGCUUUUUGACUCGAGUAACUUGCAACAGCAGCAACAGCAAGGAGCAGCAGCAGCAGCAUCACCAACAGCAGCAGCAGCAGCAGCAAGGAGCAGCAGCAGCAGCAGCAAGGAGCAGCAGCAGCAGCAGCAAGGAGCAGCAGCAGCAGCAGCAGCUGUAACACCAUGGCGGCAGUCGUCUCGCGGUAGCCGUACAGUCGAGUUGAUAUUUCAGUUAAUUGUGAGAUGGCUGUCCAUUUUUAUGAUGAUUAAAUUCCUUUUAUCUCCAAUGAUGGAAAUAAGUUUGUUAUUGAUGUAGACUAUUUGAUGGUUGCUGUUUCCACUGAGACAGAAGAUUUCGUGUCUUCGGACCGCAACCAGUACUGUUUGUAACUAUUUUUUCGUUCAAGCGGAAGCUUAGGAUAUAUGUGUGUGUGUGUGUGUGUGUGUGUGUGUGUACUCACCUAAUUGAACUCACGUAGUUGUGCUUGCGGGGGUUGAGCUCUGGCUCUCUUGUCCCGCCUCUCAAUUGUCAGUCAACUAGUGUACAGAUUCCUGAGCCUACUGGGCUCAUAUCUACAUUUGAAACUGUGUAUGGAGUUUCCCUCUACAGCAAUAGCAAGCAGCAGCAUGUAUAUGAGUGUGUGUGUGUGAGAGAGAGAGAGAGAGAGAGAGAGAGAGAGAGAGAGAGAGAGAGAGAGAGAGAGAGAGAGAGAGAGAGAGAGAGAGAGAGAGAGAGAGAGAGAAUACUUCGCUGCGGAAGGCUAACAAUCCAUGUCUAGCCGUAAGGUAUCGUGGAUUGACGAAACUAACAGUUUUUCUUUGAGCUGUACAAGACUUCUGAUAGAGGUAGAGCUUACCCGAAUAUUAGGUUAUUAAUCAGGGCAAGAGUGAAUAAGACAUCUGAAGAGAUGUUGAGAAUACAAAGCAAGAUAUCAUACGAACAUGAAAGGAAUUCUCAAUUUUAAAAGGUACUUGACAAUUGUUAAUAUGUAAGACUCCUAGACAAUCUGACCAUAUAUGUUUCAAAAAUAUAGAUGGAGCCGAGAUGGCAUGUAACGCCAAGAUAAUCCCAAGGUAACAAGAUAACACUAAGGUAGCACCAAUAUAACCCCAAGGUAACAAGAUAACACCUAGGUAACCCCCAAUAUAACAUCAACGUAAUAUCAAGAUAACACCAACGUAGUGCCAAAAUAACACAAAGAUAACACCCAAUGGAAAAUGGCCAACGUUCCCUGUACUGAAUGUGAUCACAGCAACUUUUUGGACAAAGUUUUGUUUGUGAAAUAAAGUUGAAGAUAAGAUAUAUGCUAAUUAGCGAAUUACUUAAGUGCUCUUGUGCCGGAAAUCAAGAAGGAAAAAAACAUUUACUAAUCAAAGAAGAAUGACAACAAAUUGCCAUAAUGGCCGGAAAAAUUAGAGAUGAACCCUUAGCCAAAAAAAAAGCUUAUUAAGCUGUCACAGCUUAAAACACUCUGGAUUCUUACACAGCCAAAUUCUGGUAUGACGCCACUAUGGUACUGACGAGGUUCCCGCGUUAGGCACAGUUUUAUGCAUUAAAUAUAACGAUGUUAACAUUAAGUUGUAUAUAAGUGUACGAUACUUUUGUCAAUAAAACACUAUGAUGUA